UCCUCUAUCUCUCUCUCUUUUCUAGUUUUUCUCUCUAAAUGCAUUUAACCCUUCAUUUCAAUGUUUACCAUUGUUUUUUGUUUGCCACAUAUUACUUGUCUUAAGCUUAACUCGUUGUAUAGAAUCACGGGUUGUCUUCAAAAUGUUUUUUUUUUCUUUCUUAAAUAUACUAGAAGAAAAUUAGUCUUCUUUUGUUGUUGCUCUUUGAAUUUUGUUUUUUAUUAGCUUGCUUGAAAAUGGAAAUGAUGAUAUAAGCAAAGAUGGCGGGUGCUAAGGGUUAUUAAUUAUUUUGAAAUGAGAAUGAUAAAAUUUAAAUUUUUUAUUUUUACUUUUCAAUGAAGUAUUGGAUGGAGGGGUUUAGUGUAUUGGAAUCCUUGGUGUGAUGGAUAAGAGCUUUUGUUUUGUUCUUGAUUGGAUAACUAGCAAAAAUAGUGACUUUGUUAUUUAUGUAUUUUCAGCUAUCACUUUAAAUUUGGAAGUUGGUGAAUUAUUCUCCAUUCUGCUCUUUUGCUUUGUGGUUAAGUUUCCACCUUUGCGAGAAACUUCAAAUAUCAGCAGAUUUUAGUUUUCGAAUUGGUUUUUUUAUGUCCAAAAGCGACAUGCCGGUUACUAAACCUGAGAUGAUGAAGCCCUAUAUUUGGCUUAAGACUUCGGAUGGUUCUAUCCAACAGGUGGAACAAGAAAUUGCAAUGUUUUGCCCCUUCAUUUGUCAAGAAAUAAUACAAAAAGGCACAGGAUCUUCCAAAAAUUGUGCGAUAUGCCUUCCUGAGAAAGUCACUCCUGCGAUGUUGAGCUUAGUUCUUGAUUAUUGCCGUUUUCAUCAAUUACCUGGUCGCUCAAACAAGGAGCGGAAGUCUCACGAUGAAAAAUUCAUAAGGAUGGAUACCAAACGGCUCUGUGACUUGACAUCUGCCGCAGACAGCCUUCAAUUGAGGCCGCUGGUGGAUCUUACGAGUCGUACACUUGCAAGAAUAAUUGAAGGAAAAUCUCCAGAGGAGAUUCGUGAGAUAUUUCAUUUGCCGGAUGAUCUUACUGAGGAAGAGAAAUUGGAGCCUCUGAGAAACUCAACUGAUGAUCCGAGGAUAAGGCUUUUGAACCGUUUGUAUGCGAAAAAAAGGAAAGAACUGAAAGAGCGUGAGAGGUUAAAGAAUGUUGAAUUAGAAGAAGAGCGCGUGGAUGAACGUUCAGUUGAUGACCUUUUGUCUUUUAUUAAUGGAGAUGAUGCAGAUCCAAAAGUGUCUAAACCUUCUAAGAAUAAAAAGAAGAACAGAAGAAAAAAGGAGCAGCAAAAGAGCUCUUCUUCGACAGAAGCUUCUGAAUUGAAAAAAGAUGUUGCUGAGGAAAGUGGUCAUAGUGGUGUGUUUGAUGAAAUUGCUGGGACCUCAAAUAUGCAUACAGAAGAUGACACUUUUGGUCAUAAAGAGUUUGAUGACGGAGAUGUAGAUGAUGAGAUCGAUCCUGCGCUAAAGGCAAAAAUUGACAGGGAAGUAGAAGAUUUUGCCCGUCGUUUAAAUUCUGACUGGCCAGAACGGAUUCAAGAAUUUUUAUCACCAGGACAAGAGAGGAAGACAAUGCUGUUCGCGACCAAUGGGAAUGGUUUUCUAAGGCGAAAUAUUUGACUGGACUUAAGAAUGGAAAAGAAUCCGCGCAAGCCUACCUAUCUGGCCAAUGGCUGGAACAAUUUUGAGAGUUGCUGACAAGUUCUAGAAAAGUGUGGCAUGUCAGUUGUCUUUAUUUUUCCCAUUUACUGUUUAACUUCAUUCUCCGCACUUCAUUGCUGGUGCGUAGCCCGGGCGCAAUUUGAUGCUGGGGGCUGUCUAUUGUACUUAAAGGAAAGAAAUAAAAACUGUUUUCUGCGCGUGUAAGGGACGUAUAUAUCUUGUGCAUUUGCCUUCUGUUUGGUCCUUUAUGAGUUUUGAUUUAAAGGCUAAUUUGUGACUGGAUGAUUCAUGUAAUGUUAGAUCAAAAAAGGUUUAAAGGCUCAUCUGUGCCUGUUGGUUUAUUAAUGUUAGGUAAAAAAUUGGUUGACAUUUGAUGAUUUGAUCCAUUGCUCGUGGAAAGCAUUUUGAUACUAUUA